AUGCACUUAUUAUCAGGAGAAUCUGUCUCACCUUCAGAACUAAGAUGUUCGAUUCUAGAGGAAAAAGAAAAUUUAGUCCAGCCUGAAUUGACAGCUGAACCGGUUAUAACAUUAUCAAAACAAAGAACCAAAAAACCUGCAGAUACGAUGUUUGCAGCCCAUUGCAGAACUCAUUUAAUCACAAAAACCUCUGAAGCAACAAACCGAAAUGGAUCAGAAUUGUGUGAUGUAUGUCAUUAUGUGUUUAAAUCAACAGAACACUUGUCCAUGCAUAAAUUAGUACACACUCGCCUGAAAUGCUACAUUUGCACCAUGUGUAACAUUGGAUACAACAAUGACAUUGAUUAUGAUACGCACAUAAGAACACAUUUUAAAUUCAGACCGUUCCACUGUGAAAUAUGUGAGAAAUCAUACACAAUGAGAAAGUGUCUUAAAGUUCACAUGAGGAAACAUACUGGAGAAUUCUAUUACACAUGCGACAAGUGUGACUUCACAUCGAAUACAAAUAGCAGUUUUGCACAACAUAAGAAAAGACAACACCCCAGCACAAAACCUUUUAAAUGUGAUACCUGUGACUACGCAGCUAUUGGCAAAUCUUCUUUAACUAGGCAUUUAAUAACUCACACAGGGGAGAAGCCAUAUUGUUGUGGUCAAUAUGAGUACAGGUGCAAUAAGCUUGGUAACUUAAAUAAACACAAGAAACAAAUGCACAGCAUGUGA